AUGGACAAGAUCAAGGAGCGCAUGGUCGCCCUCCGCGCUGAGGCGGAUGAGGCUCACGAGCUCGUCGAUGAGCUCAAGGCCAAGGUCAAGACCUUGGAGCAGGAGAAUUUGUCAAAAGAACAAGAGAUCACAUCCCUGAACCACCGCAACCAGCUUCUAGAGGAGGAGGUUGAGAAGACAGAGGCCGCCCUCAAGGAGGCCAAGGAUGCUGCCAGCCAGAGCCUCCAGCACGACACUCAGAACGAGGCCCUUCAGCGACGGGUGCAGCUUCUUGAGGAGGAGGCUGAGGAGAACGACAAGACUCUGCGGGAAACCAAUGAGAAGCUCCGCCAAACGGAUAUCAAGGCUGGUCACUACGAGCGGAAGGUGCAGGCGCUCGAGGACCAACACGCCAAGCUCGAGCAAAGAUACGAGGAUGCGAUCAAGGAACACAGCACUGUGAAGAAGGAGCUUGACGACCUUGCAUCCCAGAUGGCCGAUAUCUAA